UUUAGCUUCCCAUUGCAUGGGUAAUGGGUUUAAUGUGUUGUCUUAUUGAGUGUCCUCUUUAUUUCAAGUUUUGAGUUUCUACUUUCUUUCAUUCUACUCUACUAAAAAGAAGGGGGUUUGUGAAUGGCGGAUAAGAUUGUGAUCGAGAGUGCUGCUACAGCUAUGAACAAUAUCAAUAUGCUUGAGAAGAAGAAGGAGGAUCAUAUUUGUGUCAAGUUUGUUAAUCAGUUGAAUGAAGAAAUGUACUUCAAAGUGUUGCCUAGUUCAAAUAUAGGCAAAGCUUUUAAAGCGUACUGUCAACACCACAAUUUGAAUCACCAAGUUGCCUUCACCUACAAUGGCGAUCGUGUUAAUCCUAGACUCACCUAUCAAGAUCUAGAUAUAGAGGAUGGAGCUGAAUUUGACGUCUUCACCCAUGUUGGUGGUGGUGGUGGUGCUGCUGCUGCUGUUGGUUUUGUCUGCUUUAUUCAUGCAGAUCCAUCUUUAUUUUAAGGUUUUCCCAAAAUAUUUCCCCUUCCUUUAGCCUUUAUUUGUUGCACCAAUAUUAUUAUCGCGACGCUCCUUAUAGUUAUGUGGAGUGUUAGUGUAACGCCCCGACUUCU